CUGCUGCUACCGUGGCUACCGCUGCUGCUGGCAUCACCUCUGCCGCUGUCGGAAACCCGCCGCCCGCCAUUCCACUUCCAGCACCCGGAUUGCCCUUACCCUUCCCAAUCCCUUUCAGCUUUCCCAUGCCGAUGCCCAUGCCCAUGCCCUUGGCCAUCCCACCGCCAAUGGCCUUUCAAAUGGCAGCUGCAGCUGCAGCAGGAGCCGCGGCAGCAGCAGCAGCAGCAGCCGCCAUGGCAGCACAGCAAGCUACUGCCGCUCCACCUCACCUUACAUGGUGUUCUGACCGAACUGCUGUCCCAGCACCGGGCUACUCGGUGAUGAUGGCGCCCAGCUCCCUCGCGCCUCUACCACCACAAGCGGCAGUCAGCUUCCCAAGCGGCGGCGGGGGCGCUCUCUCUGAGAGGGUUCCUAGCGGCCAGCCCGUGUUGGACGUUGCAGCCCCGGUCUUCGCCCUUGGUAUUGACCCUUGGCUCCAAAUGCCCUUUGUGGCGCCGUUCAUGGCGCUGCACCCUCAAGUCUUUAACCAACAACACCAGCACCAACUGCGGGAGCACCAGCAGCAGCACCAGCAGCACCAGCACCAGCAGCAGCACCAGCAGCAGCUUCAAUCAAGAGGCCGUCAGGAACAGCAACAAGAGCAACGACUACAGCAACACCAAGGACAGCAAGUACGGCAGCAGCGAGACCCAGCGGCGGAACGAUCCGUGGAAUCCGCCAUGAUGGUGGUUCCGUACAAUCCAGUUUUACUUGGUACCCGCGGUGGCGGCGGCGGCAGCGGUGGCGGCGGUGGCGGUGGCGGCGGCGGCGGCGGCGGCGGCUGUGACGGCACCUUUGUUGGACCCCGGCGGAGCUACGUUCCUGCUGGGCCUCGCUGCUCCAGGGACGGUGAGGAUGCUGGGGAGGAGGAGGGACUUCCAGACAGCAGGGGACUCAACCCUGGCGACGGGGCACCCCGCGACGCCCCGAAUGAACUCGCCCCGGGUUUCUCGUCCCGGCGGUCGCCUGCCGGCCCCGAACGGUGUGUCCGGCGCCCGCCCAAGUCAAUAGUUCCGGAGCUGCAAGCACAGCUGCAAACGCAGCUACAGCGGCUGCAUCAGCAACAGCUGCCGCACCCGGUGCACAACAGCAACCAGGCCGAGAGCAACAGCGGUAGGAGGAAGCAAUCAGUCAGGACCAGGGCGCAGCGGCAUCAGCAGCAGCAGCCACACGCACAAAAGCACCAACGGUUGUUGCAGCAACACGAAACGUUGCAUCAGCCGCCGCUGCCGCCGCUGCAGCAGCAGCCACAGCAGCAGGAGCAGCAGCCGCCGCCACAACAGCAGUACCGCCCACAGGGCAGGGCUAACGAGGGCUGUGAGCACCCGAUGAAUUUUCUAGAAGCUUCCGGCGGUUUGCAGCCCAACGGAUCCGAGCCGGCUGUUGUUGCUGCAGGCCGUUACGAAGAGGCUGUCAACGGCAGCGGGCGGGUGCUCUCUGCCGGCAGCGGCAGCGCUCAUAGAUAUGGCUGCUCAGUUGCUGCUGCACUUGGUGGGGAGGCCCCCGGUGAGGCCGGCGGCCGGCACCCGGGCGGCAAUCUGACACAACGUAAGCGGAAGGUUGCGUCGCUGGCUGGGAGCAGCAUCGCGAGUGGCAGCGACGCGAGCGGCAUUCGGUCGGCGAGUGAUGAAGAGCGCGGCGAGGAAGGCGGCGGAGGGGACGGAGCUCUGCCUGCGGGAGCCGCCCUAAGAAACCCCGCCUGGGUUUCUCUCCAGUGCGCAGGCGCCGGAAAUAAGUUCAGUGGGGCCGCCGUGGCUGGCGUCGCUGCUGGCAUCAGUAGCAGCCGCAGCAGCGACGGCGUCCUCCAUCCUUCGGUUCCCUGUCCGCUGCCACGGCCGCUGCAACCGCCGCAACAGCAGCACCAACAGCAUCAGGGCCCUAUGGAAUUAGCCUCGGUCCCGGCUGUGGGCGAGCGGCGGCUGGUGGUCCCGAAUAGCUGUGGUGGAGCAGCUGCUCCAAAACUGCCGGGGAGCAUGGUACGACAGCACGGCCCCCGACAGUCGCGGCCUGCUCACGGUCAGCCACCGCCGCCACCGCCGCAGCCGCCGCCGCCACCGCCGCAGCCGCCGCCGCCGCAGCAGCAGCAACCGCAAUCGCUGCCAGAUCACCGGUGGUGCCACCAGCUGCAUACACCGCAUAACACGGAGGAGCCGCAAGGAGAAGCCGCAAAGCCCCGGCCUAAGGGUCAGGUGGCCAGGUGGGGCCCCGUAAAUGAGCUGCCAUCGCUGGCGGCAUGUACUGCAGCCGCAGCAACGGAGGCAGCAGCGGCGGCAACUCCAGCACUAGCAUCAGUAGCAGCAGCGGAAGCCACUGAGGCCAUACAUUUGUCUGCAACGACACCAGCAGCAACAGCAACAGCGGUAGCAGCGGCAGCUUCGGCGGCGGCGGCGGCGGCGGCGGCGGCGGCUUCACACGAGCGGCCGCCCUUCAGGUACAUUGUCCGGAUCGGCAAUAAAUGGCGGGCGCAAGUUGGCCACACGGAGGACGGUGUGCAGCGCAAGUACUACUCCAAUUAUGUGGAUGACCCACGGGUCGCCGCGAAAGAUGCUGACAGGAUCCUGUAUAAGCUACGCGGCUUUGCUGCGGUGGCGAACUGGCCCCUGUCAGAGGCUGAGAGAGAGGUCCUGGACGCGCUCAGUCUGGAUGCCUUAAUGAGGAGCUUUAAAUCGGAACAGCGACAGCAGCAACAGCAGCAAUAA